AUGAGGAACAUUAAAGAAGCACAAUUCCCGAAGCCAAUGAGAUCCGAUCCCAGCCAAAGGGAACCUAAUUUGUGGUGCGAAUACCACGGGACAAACAGUCACCGGACUGGGGACUACCGGCUUCUGCGCGAAAAGGUAGCAACAUUGUUGAAAAAUGGCCAUCUCAGGGAAUUUUUUAGUGAUCGGGCUAAAAACAACUGCGGUCGCAACCGUGAUGAUGCGGAACCUUCAAAUGAAGAAGAAGAUCCCCCGCUCUUCACGAUCAACAUGAUUUUUAGGGAGAAUAAGGUUAACAGGGUUACAUUCUCGACGGCAAAAAAGACGAAGGUGUCAGUGACCCACUGCAAGAGACACUGGGAAGUCGUUAAAGACGACAUUACUUUCACAGAGGAAGGCGUAGAUGGAUUGUUGCUACCGCACAACGAUGCGUUGGUAAUUUCUAUAAAUGUCUUAGAUUUUAGAAUUAAACGUGUUUUCGUGAACCCAAGAAGUUCGGCCAACAUCAUACAAUGGAGGGUGUUGUGGGAAGCCAAGCUCACCGGAAGAAUCAUUCCGGCCACAAAGCUCCUCGUCGGGUUCAACCUAGCAAGUGUGACAACCCGAGAAGAGAUCCUGAUGCCCACGAAUGUCGAAGGGGUGAUGAAGACGACCCUUUUCGAGGUGGUGGACGGCGAUAUGGGUUACAACAUCAUCUUGGGGAAACCAUGGUUGCACGAGAUGAAGGUUGUGCCAUCAACACAUUAUCAGUUGCUGAAAUUCCCAAAUCCCGAAGGGGUUAAACAAAUAAGAGGAGACCAACCGACGGCGAGAGAAAUGAAUGCAAUCUCAGUGUCCAGUAGCAAAGGGAAGGAGCAUGCGGCAUAA